AGUGUCUCAAAGUAUCACCGAAACAGUCGAAAGCACUGGAAGUGGUGGCGGAUGUGACUAAACCGGAAGACUUGCGACGACUUGUGGACACAACUGUCAAACACUUCGGGAAACUCGAUGUUUUGGUCAAUAACGCCGGCGCCGGGAUUCCCACUAACAUCAGUGAUAAGGAUUUCUAUGAAAAAUUUCAGAAAAUAAUGCAAAUAAAUCUCAAUUCUGUGGUCUAUUUAACGCAUAUAUGUGUCGAGCAUUUGGAGAAAACUAAGGGAAAUGUAAUCAAUAUUUCAAGUGUCGCUGCUUUGAGAGCCUUUGCGGGCGUAUCGCCAUACAGUGUGGCGAAGUGCGCUCUGGAUAUGUUCACCAAAUGUAUGGCCACAGAGUUAGGACCUAAACGUAUCCGCGUUAAUGUCAUCAAUCCUGGACCAGUUCGCACGGGCAUAUUAACUGCCGGUGGUUUUAAACAGGAACAAUCUGACAAAUAUUUUGACGCCUACUCCAGUAUAUUGCCUGUGGGUCGCGCUGGUUAUCCUGAUGAAAUUGGCUAUUCUGUACUUUACCUUGCCAGUGACCAUGCUGCAUUUGUCACGGGCACUAAUCUGGUAUCAGAUGGUGGCGCCACUGCUGCCAACGCUCUAAACGUCCAAAAUCUUAAAGAUUUGACUAAACUCUGA